UUUCUGAAUUGAUUGAGGUUAAGAUGGCGGAUAUAUAAAGCGAGCAGAGGUAACUUGCCAGGAGAGUAUCUGGAUAGUGCUGUGAAAGUGAAGGAAGAAAAGGAUGAGGGUGACACUAUUGCUAUGUUUGAUCGGGUUUUGUUGCGGGGCGGGGGUUGUCAAUGGGCAAGUCCCGUUCGGGGGAGGAAGGCAAGUUGUUCAGAGGUACCAAGGAGGUCCACAAGUACCACAAGGGUUCAGGCCCUCCCCCCUCGACGACGACAGCCGCGAAGAGAUCGACAGGAACACUGUACAGCCCACACACUCGCCCUACGUACAAAGGCCUCAGCAGGUGCAGUACAGGCCUCAGGAGAACGUGCCGCGCGGCCGGCCCCAGGAGUAUGGCCUCCAAGGAAAGUGGCCUCCAGGAAAAAAGAACCUCAAGGAAGAGGAAUUAGAAGAAGAGGAGAAAGAAGAGCCUGAUAGGUUGACGAUGCUUCUCCCUCAAUCGAAAUUCAACUGCCAAGGGAAGAACACGGGCUACUACGCCGACGAGGGCCUGCAGUGCGAAGUCUUCCACUAUUGCCAAGACAACGCUAGGCAUUCCUGGAUCUGCCCGGAAGGAUUCUUGUUUCACCAGGUACAUCUUAUAUGCAUGCCGCCGAGCCACGACAACAUCUGCACCCAGUCGUCGCAGUACCAUUUCGUCAACGAUUUCCUCUACAAACCGUUGAACGCUGAAGAAGCGUUGACCAAGCCGAACGUGACGAUCCGCUACUCAGACAGAUACUACCCGGAAAACUUCUACGAAGAUGAUCACGGCGCACCGCAGCAUGUCGUCCAGGCGACCCCCAGGCCGCAGCAAUUGCAGCCGAGGCCGCAGCAGCAUUUCCAACAGGGCAGACCGCAACAGCCGCAGCUCAGACAACCGAACCAGGUCUUCCACUCGCCCGAAGAGGUCAACAUCCCGCUCCAGCACAGGAGGCCAAUCCCUCAAAGUCAACCCCACAGGAAUUACCAACAGUCAAGCGAGGAGUACGAAUACUGAGAGCGUUGAAUUUUUUUAAAUUUUUUACUUUUUUCUUUUUCUAACGCCGAUUGAAAAACCGGAGCGCCCUUGGGAACGAAUCCUGCUAUUUAUUAUUAUUAUUAUUUUAAUUAGAGACAGCACAGUAUUUAUUUUCAAUUUAUGAGAAAAACAUACGUUUAUGUUUCCUCGUCUGUUUCAUAAACAUCCAGUUAGUUGUACAAUGUUGCUUAUUUUAGUGUAUAGACCAAUUUUUUAAACAUAACAAGAAGUGAGACUGUAUCGUGUAUUACUAAAAUAUAAAAAAAUGUACUUAUAUUUGGAGAUAGCAAUGGAUGCGCCUGUACAAAGCAGGCUUUUGCUCACAACGAACUGAGUACCUUCUUAUUGUAAUCAAGUAUAUCGUUACAUGUACUCUUUUUUAUAACUGUUAUUCCUCAUGAAAAUUGUUAUGAUUUGUUGAGAAAAAAAUAUAUUGUUAUCUCUAUA